AUGGACGGGGACGGCGCGUACGAGCCGGGCUUCGUGGGAAUCCGCUUCUGCCAGGAAUGUGGGAAUUCCGGGAGCCCCCCCAGCCCCGGCUCGGAGUCGCUGCUGCUGCGCCGCAUCGAGGAGCAGAUCCAGAGGAACGCCGGGAAGGAGCCGCGGGCCGGGCUCAGCCCCUCCCCCCCCGAGGAUGACAGCGAUGAGGAAGAGGAGCCGGAGAGCCCCUCCCCCACCCCCCGCAGGAGGGGAAAGGGUGUCCCCAAGGUCCCCGAGGAGGAGGAGGAGGACGAUGAAGAUGAGGAGGACUCGGAGGACGCCCUGGGGGAGUUCGACUUCCUGGGGACACCCGGGGACAGCCGGGAGAGCCACCGGUGCCACCUGCGGGACGGGGACCUGGGGCCACCGCGGCCACCGCGGCCACCUGAGGGGUGCCCGGCUGUGUCCCCGGCCGGGGCGCUGGCCCUGCACGGCCUCGGGGACCUGGCGGAGCUGACGGUGACAAACGACAACGACGGCGGAGACGUGCGGUCGCUGUCCCCGCGGCUGACGCUGCGCAGCCACUUUGACGCCGUGCGGGCGCUGGCCUUUGUCCCCGGGCACGCGGCGCUGGUCACGGCCUCCGAGGACGCCACGCUCAAGCUCUGGGACCUGCAGAGGCCGCUCGGCCCCAGGAAGAGCGCGGCGCUGGACGUGGAGCCGGUGUACGCCUUCCGCGGGCACAGGGGCCCGGUGCUGGCGGUGGCGGGUGGCGCCGGGUCCGGGCUGUGCUGCAGCGCCGGCGUGGACGCGCGGAUUCGCUGCUGGCGCCUCCCGGGGCUGGACAGCGACCCCUACGACGGCUACGACCCGCGCGUGCUCCGGGGCUUCCUGGACGGUCACUCUGACGCCGUCUGGGCGCUGGCCUUCGAUGUCACCGGGCGUCACCUGGCGUCGUGCUCGGCCGACGGCACCGUGCGCCUCUGGGACCCGCGCGGCGGGGACGGCAGCGCCGCCGGCCGGGGGGGCACCGUCGCGGGCACCUGCCUGAGCGUGCUCGACGGGCACCAAGAUCACGGUGUCCCCACCUCGGUGGCCUUUGUCCCCUCCCAGCCCGCCCAGCUCGUGGCCGGGUUCCGCUCCGGUGCCACCGUCCUCUACGACCUCGAGGCCACCAAGGCCACGCUGGUGUCCCCAAACGGCGGUGCGCAGGUGAACCAGGUGCUCGCCCACCCCUCGCAGCCGCUCGCCAUCACAGCCAGCGACGACCGCGCCAUCCGCUACCUGGACACCCGCACCGGUGCGCUGGUGCACUCCGUGGUCGCUCACCUGGACGCCGUCACCUGCCUGGCCCUGGACCCCAGCGGAGCCUUCCUGCUGUCCGGCAGUCACGACUGCUCUCUCCGUCUCUGGCACCUGUCGGACCGCACCUGUGUGCAGGAGCUCCCCGCCCAUCGCCGCAAGCACCACGAGGCCGUGCUGGCCGUGGCCUUCCACCCCCGCCGCGCCCUCAGCGCCAGCGCCGGCGCCGACGCCCUGGCCAAGGUGUUCGUCUGACGCACCUGGGCACACCUGGGCACACCUGGGCACGGCCACGGCACACCUGGGGACAGCCACAGGACACCUGGGCACGGCCACGGGACACCUGGGCACACCUGGUGGCAGCUGGGAACUCACCUGGUGGCACCUGGGCACACCUGGGCACAGCCACAGGACACCUGGGCACACCUGGGCACAGCGACAGGACACCUGGGCACACCUGGGCACUCCUGGGGACAGCCACAGGACACCUGGGCACACCUGGGCACAGCAACAGGACACCUGGGCACACCUGGGCACUCCUGGGGACAGCCACAGGACACCUGGGCACACCUGGGCACAGCCACAGGACACCUGGGCACACCUGGUGGCAGCUGGGGACAGCUGGACAUACCUGGGAACAGCUGGGAACUCACCUGGUGGCACCUGGGCACACCUGGGGACGGCGACAGGACACCUGGGCACACCUGGUGGCAGCUGGGAACUCACCUGGGCACACCUGGAGACACCUGGUGGCGCCUGGGCACACCUGGAGCCAGCUGGGCACUCACUGGGAACUCACCUGGUGGCACCUGGGCACA